CUCUUACGAGGUGCCAACAUUUGGUGGAGGAACGCCCUCUCACGCUCUGUCCAAGUCUUUUCCCGUGGCGGCAACCCAAUCUCGCCCAAUAAAGCAUUAGCUCCGUCGCUUCACAAUCUCUGUGUAGCUCGACAAUGGCAACCUCAGCCUUGGUACUCUGCUGUCCGAAACUCUUUUCUUCUCGCAGAACCACACAAACCCAUCUCUCUUGUUCGUCCUCUUCACCAAUUUGUCUGCUCGCAACUCGUCGAACUCGAACCCCGAAGCCCCCCAUUCAGCGUCUCCUUGAGAAGAAGACGACCAUGGCGGCUCUCGUUGGGGUGGGUGUUGCGCUAAACUUAGUGGGUUCAGCUUCUGCUGUUGAGUUACCAAUGUUGGAUUCUUCUCUGCUUCUCAACGAACCUCCAAAUGCCCUCUCCUUGCCCACCUGGGCCAUUCAUGUCUCCAGCGUUGUAGAAUGGAUUACAGCGAUGAUUUUGGUAUGGCAAUAUGGGAAGAGGAUUGGGUACGAGUCUUGGAAGGGGCUGUCUUGGGGUAUGGUACCAUUGCUUGGUGGAGCAUUUUGUGCAUGCACAUGGCAUUUCUUUUAUAAUUCUGAGUCUCUUGAGGUUUUGGUGGUUCUUCAAGCGGCACUGACAGUUAUAGGUAAUGCCACAAUGUGCCUUGCUGCAUUUCGCAUUUACAAGUCAUCUGAGGAGCGUUCCAGAAAUCUGUAAAGCUUCAACUUUAUUUCUUUACAUGCACUGGGAUGAAUCACCGCACCUGUUUUUUUGCAUCUGACCGUAAAGGAAACAGGAAAUGAUGAUCCCAUGGAGAGCUUCUUCAUUUGUAAUUCUUUGAAACAGGAAGCUGCAAUGUCACAAAAUGUUUAUGCUUUUGGAAAAGGAAGUUUCUUCUGGUGUUAUGCAUGUUGUGUGAUGGCUAGCAAGAGCAGUCAAAUGCCGGCCAGCAAUGCUUGAUCUGUUUUGAAGAAACUCUUCCACCUUUUGUGCCUGGAAAAGUUUUCAACCCUGCAACCUUCCUAGUUGCAUUUAUCUAUAAUGACGCCUUUGAAGGUUUCGCUGGAUCAUCAUUUAUCUGCGCCCCUCUGUAGGCUUUAAUUCUCUCUCUUUCUCUCUUUCUCUCAUAUAUUAUAUUAUAAUAUAUAUAUAUAUAUAUAUAUAUAUAUAUAUAUAUCUGUUUAUUUGAAUGUCUUUUCAAUUAUUGAAUGUGUAUGAAUGAUCAAAGUGAUACUCAUGGUGUGUCAUGUGAAACCAGAAUAAUCUGAAUGCACCUUACUAGUAAAAAUGUGCAUGUUGUGAGCCAGGACU